GGAAUUGGCGCCGUUCGCGUCCAGGCGGUCCGCUCUGCAGCGCGAACCCCAGCCGCCGCCGCCGCCGCCGCCGCCGCGCCGAGAGUGAGCCACGCCAGCGCGGAGCCGGGCCUCACCAUGAGUUCCUCGCCCGUGAACGUGAAGAAGCUGAAGGUGUCGGAGCUGAAGGAGGAGCUCAAGAAGCGGCGCCUGUCCGACAAGGGCCUCAAGGCCGAGCUCAUGGAGCGGCUGCAGGCCGCGCUGGACGACGAGGAGGCGGGCCGGCCCGCCGCGGAGCCCGGGAACGGCAGCCUGGAGCUGGGCGGCGACGCGGCCGGGCGCUCGGGCGCGGGCCUGGGCCCCGAGGCCGCGGCGGGCGGCGACGACGACGAGGAGGAGGACGAGGAGGAGGAGGAGGGCAUCGCCGCGCUGGACGGCGACCAGAUGGAGCUGGGCGAGGAGAACGGCGCGGGCGCGGGCGCGGCGGCGGAGGAGGCCGCCUCGGAGGACGAGAACGGCGACGACCAGGGCUUCCAGGAGGGCGAGGAUGAGCUGGGCGACGACGAGGAGGCCGCGGGCGGCGAGAACGGGCACGGCGCGCAGCCCCAACCGCCGGCCGCGCCGCAGCCGCAGCCCCCGCAGGCGCGCGGGGCGCCCAAGGAGGCGGCGGGCAAGGGCGGCCCCACCUCGCUGUUCGCCGUGACCGUGGCGCCGCCCGGGGCGCGGCCGGGCCAGCCGCCGGCGGGAGGUAAGAAGAAGGCGGAAGGCGGCGGCGGCGGGCGCCCCGGGGCUCCGGCGGCGGGAGACGGCAAAACAGAGCAGAAGGGCGGAGAUAAGAAAAGAGGCGUCAAGCGCCCUCGCGAAGAUCACGGCCGCGGAUAUUUCGAGUACAUUGAGGAGAACAAGUACAGCAGAGCCAAGUCCCCGCAGCCGCCGGUGGAGGAAGAAGAUGAGCACUUCGAUGACACGGUGGUUUGUCUCGAUACUUAUAAUUGUGAUCUACAUUUUAAAAUAUCAAGAGAUCGCCUCAGUGCUUCUUCCCUUACUAUGGAGAGUUUUGCUUUUCUCUGGGCUGGAGGAAGGGCAUCUUACGGUGUGUCAAAGGGCAAAGUCUGUUUUGAGAUGAAGGUUACAGAGAAGAUCCCAGUAAGGCAUUUAUAUACAAAAGAUAUUGACAUACAUGAAGUUCGUAUUGGCUGGUCACUAACCACAAGUGGAAUGUUGCUUGGUGAGGAAGAAUUUUCUUAUGGAUAUUCUCUGAAAGGAAUAAAAACAUGCAACUGUGAGACUGAAGAUUAUGGAGAGAAGUUUGAUGAAAAUGAUGUGAUUACAUGUUUUGCUAACUUUGAAAGUGAUGAAGUAGAACUCUCCUAUGCAAAGAAUGGUCAGGAUCUUGGCAUUGCAUUCAAAAUCAGUAAGGAAGUUCUUGCUGGACGGCCACUCUUCCCGCAUGUUCUCUGCCACAACUGUGCAGUUGAAUUUAAUUUUGGUCAGAAGGAAAAGCCAUAUUUUCCAAUACCUGAAGACUAUACUUUUAUCCAGAAUGUCCCCUUGGAGGAUCGAGUUAGAGGACCAAAGGGGCCUGAAGAGAAGAAAGAUUGUGAAGUGGUUAUGAUGAUUGGCUUGCCAGGAGCUGGAAAAACAACUUGGGUUACUAAACAUGCAGCAGAAAAUCCUGGUAAAUACAACAUUCUUGGAACAAAUACCAUCAUGGAUAAAAUGAUGGUGGCCGGUUUUAAGAAGCAAAUGGCAGAUACUGGAAAACUGAACACUCUAUUGCAGAGAGCUCCACAGUGUCUUGGAAAGUUUAUUGAGAUUGCUGCACGUAAGAAGCGCAAUUUCAUUCUGGACCAGACAAAUGUGUCUGCUGCUGCCCAGAGGAGAAAAAUGUGCCUGUUUGCAGGCUUCCAACGAAAAGCCGUCGUAGUUUGCCCAAAAGAUGAAGACUACAAGCAAAGAACACAGAAGAAAGCAGAAGUAGAGGGGAAAGACCUACCAGAGCAUGCGGUCCUGAAGAUGAAAGGAAACUUUACUCUGCCAGAGGUAGCUGAGUGCUUUGAUGAAAUAACCUAUGUUGAACUUCAGAAGGAGGAAGCCCAAAAACUUUUGGAGCAAUAUAAGGAAGAAAGCAAAAAGGCUCUUCCACCAGAAAAGAAACAGAACACUGGCUCAAAGAAGAGCAAUAAAAAUAAGAGUGGCAAGAACCAGUUUAACAGAGGUGGUGGCCAUAGAGGACGUGGCGGGUUCAAUAUGCGUGGUGGAAAUUUCAGAGGAGGAGCUCCUGGGAAUCGUGGUGGAUAUAAUAGAAGGGGCAACAUGCCACAGAGAGGUGGUGGUGGCGGAGGAAGUGGUGGAAUUGGCUAUCCAUACCCUCGUGGCCCUGUUUUUCCCAGCCGAGGCGGUUAUUCAAACAGAGGGAACUACAACAGAGGUGGAAUGCCCAACAGAGGGAACUACAACCAGAACUUCAGAGGACGAGGAAACAAUCGUGGCUACAAAAAUCAAUCUCAGGGCUACAACCAGUGGCAGCAGGGUUCUGUCCAUGUGAAUGUGCUGUGUGGAAGAGUAAAAGGGCCCAACUAAAUGUGUUCCAGUGAUUCCAAUAGGUAUUCCAAAUUAAUUGCUGCUUGUACAUUUAACACUUGUUAUAUUGGGCUUCCAGGACCACCUUAAUUAGUUAUGACUCUUAUUUUAAAAAGACAGGUGAAAGGGAGAAAUAGGUAACCUGGAUGGAUUCUAUAAUAGGCAAAAAAGGUUUUCUAAUCUCCUUUGCAUACCUGAAGUGAAGUAUUGGGUGUGUUAGCAAUUGGUGGUCCUCUUGCAUAGGUUUAAGGUAGUAUGCGCAAAUAUUGCCAGGUCCUUUCAAGGUUAGAUCCUUAAUCUGAUGGUUCAAAUUCCUUCUGUUUAACUUGUUGCAAGACAUUUUAAUGCCCCACCCCGACUUGCAGAGUUUAAUACUUUUACAAUGUUCUAAAUGCAAAAAAGUGAGUCUAGGAUACCUAUGUUCUUGGUUUCCCCAAAUCUUUCUGCAUCUGUACUAAAUGCACAAAUAUUUUUUGUUAGCUUAUAAAAAAUCUUGAAAGUUGAGGUCCUUUUGGCUAAAUAAGGUGAUAUAAAUUCAUAUCGAAGUACAUAAAAUCAGCUAGGAAGUGAAGUUAAAUUGUACAGACAGAAGGAAUAAGAAGGGUCAGUGUGAACUUGGUACCAGUCCAGAGCAUGUAAUUUCUCAUUGACCUGAAGUUAAAGACUUGAUAAAAAGCUUAGAAGAAAUUUAUUUUUCCCACUGCAUACUCUAGAAUAAUGUAUUUUGGUGAAAUGAGAGGACUUGGGUGCUAUUCUGAUUUGAAAUGUAGCUAUCAGGGUUUGCUCAAUGAAAUACAGCUCUACUCUCUCAACUAAAAACAAUCUAAUGGCUUCUGAAGAGCAGACAGCUAACUCAGUUUCAGAGUAAAAGGUCAAAAUCAUAAACAUUUCUGUUCGUUUGAGGGAAAAAACCAUAAAACUGAAAAAAUUUAUUUCAAAAAUAAGCUUUGAAUUUAGAUAGUAAAGCAUGUUUCAUUUCAUGUGACUUGUUCUCAGAGUCUAAGGGGGAGAAACAUUUCUAUGGAAACUCAUCUUUUAAGAAACCAGUACAUGCAGAUGUUUACUCUGAACCCCUGAGGUCAGGCCAUGCCAUAGGUGGUUUAUAGCAUACAGAACUUAGUGGAAGUUACUUCCAGAAAAAAGGUACAGCAGAUAUCACCUGUUAAGUUGAUCUAAACUUUUAAACUGAACAGUAAAAGCCUCUUUAAAUUAGUACUUGCUGAUAAUGUAGGUUUCUCAAGAUAGAAAUACUUGGGGAAAAUGUCAUCCCUUAUUGUAGAAAAUGAAGAGCAAGGUGAAUGCAGUGGUUGAAAAGACACGUAUUUGCAACAUGUUAAUCUGUAGUACUCAUGUUACAAACUUUAAAAUGUAAUACUUUGAAAAAUACUUUGUGAUCAGGUUUUGUCCCUAAAGCUUCCCUUUUAAGAGAAAAUUUAAAGAUGGAAGUUAAUGCACAAGGUGUGUAAGAUACGAGUAUUUGGGUGGUAGAAGAUAGUAUAUUAAUCUGACCUGAUUUGAUGACCACUGGACCAUAUUUUAAGAUGCUUCCAAAAAAUAAUUUAUUCUAGAGCACCGUUAAAAAUGAGAAUUACAGCAGUCGUUUUAAUUUUCCUACUUUACUCAUUAAAGUUUUCUGCUUACCCAAA